AUGGAUAAUUCUCCUACACACCCACACACACUGCCUCUCGAUGAGCUCGCCGGAUUCGAUGCGGGAGGGGCGGCUGAUUUGGAGGUUCCGUUGGUGAAGUACCUGCCCGUGGUGGAGGAGCAUUUCACGUUCCUUGAACGACGCGCCGCGGCAUGGGACUACCUUUUCGCGUUGACGGAGGCGGAGUUCCCGCCCGACCCGGCGGCGAGCGCGCGCGCAGUGGACCCCUCGCAGGCCGGGCCCUCGGUCCCAUCCAAGCACGGGCAACCGGCGAGCGACACCAACACCAGCACCAACACCCUCUUUUAUGGCGGCUGGCAGGAGGCCGGGAGCGGGAGCCCUGCAGACGCUAACCCACUCGCUUAUUGGGAGCAGCUGUCGGAGCUGGACCUGAACAUGAUGUUCGCUGUUGAUGGUGAGCAGCCUCUUGCGCAAAACCGAAACGGAGACGGAGGCUUCGAGGGCGGCGAGUCUGCGGCGGGGAAGGAUGGCGAUGUCGUCCACUAUCGCGAGGAGGCGAAUCCGAAUCCAAACUUCGAGGAGAACCAAGUCUUCGACCAAGCUGCAACUACCGACGAUGGCUCUACCUUGCAGGAGAACUUGUGGGAUAGUGGUACUGGAGUUUGGGCCCACCCGAGGCCGCGGGUGGCGCGGUCCUCAGCUGGGCAAUGCAGUCGUCCACGGGUCGUCCCCGCAUUCCAAGAUAAUCGACAAGAAGUGUACGAGACGGCUCUGUCGCCAACUGAUGUUGGCGAGCCGGCAAGCGAGGCGGGGGAUUUGGUGGGAUGUGGAACAACAGCACCGGGCAAUGCUUUGCGCCCCGCUCCUUUGUUUUUGACAAUAACGGGGAUGUGCGUCAGAAAUAUUCAGUCGUCGCAUUUGAUGAACAAGCCAUCACGGAAGCGCGUCCCAUUUCAUCGACCAUCCGGAUCGGAGCUGCGCCCUCAACGUAUCGGGAGCGCUCCUGAUCCUGCGGUCGCCGGACUGAAACGCAAAUACGAAGACGGGCCGCAGUUCUCGGCAUUCCAUGCAGCUGGUCCCGGCACCUCCAAACGGGCAAAAUCGGAUGAUGUCCCCGAAAAGCGUGGACUUUCUCGCCGACUACUUGCAGAUGGUGUACAAACCAACCUCCUGAACAUACUGGGUCCGCGGGACCAAUCCAGGGCGCCUUCGAUCUCCACUCCCGGCGGACACAGCUUGCGCAGCUGUUCCCCGAAGACUCCAUCCCGCAUCUGGCGAUCCUGGCCCAACACCCGGGAGGUGGCGAACCAAUUCGCGACGUGGCGGCUCGCGAUGUGGGAAAAGGGCAAGGCGCCUCGGACCCGUCGCUCUCGUGCGAGGUCGUGACCGACAUCACUUUCAACAAGAGCAGAUCAGAAAGCAGCUCGCGAAGCGGCACGGCUGGUCGCCGGCGCGCCUGCGGGACGGCGGGGCGAGGGUGUUCGGGUGCCCGUGGCGCGCGCUGGACCGCGCCGGCGCGAUCGGCGUGGCAAGUAUGGCGUGCAGGGCGAGGCGGGCGUGCACGAGGUUGUGAAGCAUAUCAUGGAGGACACCUGCUCUCGGAGCACUACGAGUGCCGGUCGUGUCAUGGGUGCUCCGUCUCUGGAAGAUCUGGCGGCCCAUCUGAUCGCGGAGGGUUCUGUGCGAGCCAGCCCCGGGCGCGUAGGAGGUCUCUGCUGCCAGGGAGCUUGGAUCCGACGCUUCGAGUUGGCGAGUGGAUCGAUGUUAAGCUUUAUGAUACUUAUGGCACCAUCUCAUAUUAUGUCUUUUCAUCGCAUCUUAUAUGCACUUAUAUCAUCAGAGCAUUGUAGUAAGUAACCAGCAUUUAUGCUAUGUAAUCCAGACACCAUCUGGUACCCAGAAAAACUGAACUGAAAUUCCUCGAUGCGCUAGCUCCCAUUGCGUAAUUACUUUGCCAUCAGCGAGUUCGACUUGUGUUUAUUCUGUUGAUACAAGUAGCAUAUGUGCUCGAACACAUUCAAGGUUCUC